AAGGUAACGUGACUUAAGAGUCAACAUUCAACAUGGCAGACGCAGACACUGUGAAGUCGCUGAAUGGUUUAUUAAAUGGCAUCGCACAAAAGAUUUAUUACAACAAAUCGGAAAUAACUGAGGACCUGCUGAAAAAUGAACUUUAUCCUGAUCUGUCUCCAGAAGAAUUCCACGCUUUGCACGAAAAAAUGAAAAGUCUUGUAAAGUCCAUCGCCUCUGCAGACAUGGACCAGGCUCAGCUGGAGGCCUUCCUCACCGCCCAGACCAGGAAGCAGGGGGGCUCGGGGGGUGUGAGCGCCGAGCAGGCGGCCGCCCUGUCCCGCUUCUGGAAGAGCCACCGAGCCCGCAUCCGGGAGAGCCUGGUGGGCCAGAGCCGCUGGGAGCCGGGCCUCCGGGGCCUGAGCUGGAGAGUGGACGUGCAGACGGCCAGCAGCCGCGGGGAGCCCUCUGGGAACGCUGUGGCCCUAGUGGAGCUGGAGCUGGGCAGGCAAGGGGAGGACUCUGACUUUGUGUGUUUAGAGUUUGAUGAGGUGAAGGUGAACCAGGUGCUGAAGAAGAUGGCCGAGAUCCAGGAGAGCAUCGACAGUAUCGUCAACAAAAGCUAGUUUGUGUGUGUGUGUGUGUGUGUGUGUGUGUGUGUGAGUGUGAUUCAUGUUUUUUUUUGCUUCUGUAAAGAGCGGAGUAUGUGAUCUAAUCAUAGUCUUGCCUUGUGUGUGUGUGUGUGUGUGUGUAGAUGCCAUUAUGUGUUUGGAUGCUUUUUGGCAUGUCUGUGUGUGUUUGGGUGUGAGCAUGUUUGUCUUUUGGGUGUAUGUGUUGUGUGUGUGUGUGUGUGUGUGUGUGUGUGUGUGUGUGUGUUUAAGCCUGAGUGUUUCAGUGUUUGUAUAUGCAUUCCUUAUAAGGAAGUGUGUGUGCGAGCGUGUGUGUGUGUGUGUGUGUUUGCUUGUUGUGCAUCUUGCACGCUAAUGUCCAGACUCCAGCACUUGCUUUCAGCACAUACUUGUUGUAACUUCUGCAAAAUAUGCCAUAUCUUUUGGACGCCUUUUUUGUGCUGUUUUUCAUACUAGGCAUAAACAGUCUUAACCAAGUUA